GUUAAUUAAGAGAUCAUUAUUUUUAGUGUGGAGUGACAGGUAUUAAGCAAAAAUGUAACUUUCCUGGUGAGCUUAGAGGAAAGUUGGUAGGUUUCUGUCAAAGCAGUGGUUCAAAAGUAAUCUGGUCUCAUCUCAGGAAGAGGUGCUGCUAAACUGACAGUUUAAUCCAGCGAAUGUAGGAUGCUACCAAAUUUCAGUUUCUUUUUUGACUGCUUUUGCUUUUCUGUUCCCUAAUGAAGUUGGACUUCGUUUAUUUUUGGAGUUAAGACAGGGGUCUUUUUUGUCUUUUUUUUUUUUUUUGGGCAAGAUUUUUGUAAAGCCUUGAACUAUCUUCUGCCAGCUUAAUGGUGUUGCUGUACUACUCGCUGUCCCGUUCUGCCCCCUGUGCAGGUGGUACUUCUCAAGGUGGAGGCCAACUGAAAUUUCUUGGUGAUUACGUGUUUUUUUUCUUCCCAUUUGACUUCCCGUGCUUUCCUAUAGGAAGCCUAGUGUAAUCCUAAUAGGUUCUUUUUACUUAAUUUCUCUUUAAAUUGUGGUAGCCAUGUAGCAAACCCUUUACGACAUGCUCUGAAAAGGUGCGGCCUGAGGCAUGGUAAAAUGACAAAAAGUGACAAAAGUGAGGACAGAAGAGUCACGUAAAAACUAUUUUUGUCUUUUCUUGUUGUCUUUAUCAUGCCCUCUGAUGAUGGGUGGAAAUCUAAAAAUACUUCCUAAAGGCUCUUGCAAUUCUACUCUACUUAGAACUGUUUGGAAUGUCUUUUUUUUUAAGUAACUGUUUUGGAAAGUAGUGUUUCUCUUGAAGGGUGUGAGGAAGAUAAAUGGCAGCUAUAACUUGCAUCACUUAUGGUUGAAACAGUUGUACCAAUAUGGAUGAAAUGCAUUGACAUGAUUAUCAUCUUGCUUAGCUAAAGUUGUUGGUCGGUUAUUCAAUGCCUAGGUUUAUGUGAGCAUGAGGUAAUGGUAAGAAGAGGCAUCCUGUCCAUACUACUUCUUUCAGUGUUGCUCUUUCUGGAAAAAGCAAGGUAGGAAUGAUUGAAAAUACUCUUCAGUGCUCUCUAUAAAUGCUUCUAGCUCUGCAGCUCUUAACCAGAGAAUCAGUAGCUGAAGCAGCAGUCUUUAGAUUGUGUUCACCUACAAUAAUUUGUUUGGCUCUAAGUUUCACUUCUUAGUGAAUCAUUAAUCCCGUUUCCCAGUAUGUGCUUGAGGAAGUCAACCAUAUCUUACUCAGAGGAAGCACACUGAAGAUUUUUUUUUCCACUUUUGCCAUGGGAAAAGUGGUAUUGACAAAUGUAUGUCUUUUGAAUGGGAAGAUUGUUCUGAAGACUAUUCGGUAGUUAGGUGGCUGUCUCUUUCCUACAGACUGUAGUGAGAACAAAUGUUGGUGGUUUGAAAUGGUCCCAGUGAGUAUCUGCCUGUAAGGUUGUAAGGGUGAGAGUGGUGCCUCGAGAGUUGCAUAACAAAGCAGAAAACAUGAACAUGCACACUGUCAAGCGUGAGGCUGUUGUGGGGUAAGGAGCUGAGUUAACAAAAUGCUGUCUGAUCUGUGGUCCUCAAGUGUCUGAAGAUCUUUAGAACAGAAAGAUAAGUAAAUAUUGAGGAUACAGAGAGAAAUUGCAGUUCAUUCUUUCUUAAGUAGUAGUUAAAUUAAUUUGUGAGGUAAACAUGGAGCUAAGAUCAGGAUAUCUAAUUACUUGAAGGCUAGUAUAGAACUUAGGGAUUUGAAUGCUUUGGAUAAUAGAGCUGUCCAUUUGCUGUUGUUAAAGAAGAUAUACUAAGAAACCUGAACUGUAAUGUUCCUGUUGAUAUUGCAGAAUGGAUGUAUAAAUCGUUUAUGAAGAACAGUGGAGUCUGUCUGUGACAUAGACUUAGACAAAACUUGCUAAUUAUUUUCUCAUCGGGGAAAUAGAGGAGGAAAAUUCUUUAAAAUUGCUCUCUGCGACACAUUGAAGCUCUGAAUCUCUUAAUCCCUUCCUGUAUUCUUGCUGAUACAAAUUUUAUUAGGUACUUUUUCAGUGUCCUCCUUAAGUCCUUAAACUCUUCCAGGUUAUUGUGAUUCCCUUAGUCUCUCCUUUUGAAGCACUGUAGGAGAUAUAACUAGGUGAUGUAUGUUGCAUCAGAAGAUGAGAUGUAAUUGCCUGCCAAUGACAGAUACAGUAUGCAACUGCUAACAGGUAAUCUCUCUUUAGCUGCAGUUUACAUCUACAGUUACUUUGUUUGAGGAAGUUUGAAAUGUGUAAGAACUUGUGCUGUCACUUCUGUCAUUCUGCUUCUAAAGUUGCGUGUUUGUGAGUGCAGCCUUUAAAGGGCUGGAGCAAUGAGCUCGGAAAGGACUUGACCUCCAUGAAAUGCUGUAAUGCUUGCUUUUGGCAGCUUCAUACAGAGCCGUCAUCAGAACUGAUACUAUUAGAAAAACUGUGGGCAGCGUCAGAAGAUGCUUCAGUUGAAUAGAUAAGGAUGCUAAGCUAAUUUUGUCAUCGUAUGGGAGUUACUGGGUCCUUAAUAUUUUUGGCACCUCCCAACACUUCUAGAUUGUGCAGUAUCUGAUUUGGUAUUUUGUUUGUUCUUUUUUUUCCUUUGUUUUUUGUUCCCAACUUUCUCAUUGUUUUAGAAGUGAUCUUUCAAAUGUAAAAAGAGAAUGGACAAUACAGUAUCCUCAUUAAGGAAUGACUGAGGAGAGUGAAUUCUUUGUCUUUUUUAUUGAAGGAUCUAUUCUAAAUCUGAAGGAUGUCACAUUAAGUGCUUUUCUGUAUUACUGGUCGCUUUCACUAAGGAGGGGAGUGGAAAUAACUCCUGGAGAAACUGGGAAUUAUUGCAGGAUAUGUAGGACAAAUGUAAGAAUUAAGGAGGGCUAUCAAACAAUGAAGAGUGCAAAAUUAGAGGAGAGGUAAUUAAAAAGCAUGUUAGUGGCUCUAAAAGGAUGUUUUUAAUAAUAGUGAAUUUCAGAUGUAAAAAUAAAAACAUUAAAUAAAAUCUGGUAUUACUAAAGUGCCCAGUCUUCCUUCUCUUUCUGCGACAGUCUUUUGUAGCUAGACCAGCAGAUAGCUGGUUCAAUAGGAUAACCUGUAACGUAGACCUGCUGGGGUCCACGUCACAGCCCACCUUUGAAUUUGGCCUUCAUUGAUAAGUUUAGUGUGCCUGUCCAACUAGAAGGUGACAGUCCUUCAUGUAUCCUGUGUCCUUUUCCUUGAGGUAAAGGGAAAAUGGCAGCAUAGCUGUAAUACUCCUGUAAUAAAUAAGGGGUCUCAUGUUCUGGUUCUGGUCUAUGUAUUGUCUUUAAAUAUGAGGAAGGAGUCCUUUGAAAAGGACUUCAGUGCUGAAGAAUUCAACUACAAAAGAAAAUGCAAAUCUGGGCUUAUACAGAAAAAUAGAUAAGUUGGGAAAAGUAUUUCAAGGACAGGCAGGAGAAGAAAUAAUGAGAACAAAAAUGAAAUGUAACACUUGUGGGAGGGGAACUUGCUAUGCAAUUUUUCCAUUACAAGUUUUGCACGUUUUUUUUUUUUUGUGACAUUAUAGAGGUUUAUAGCACACAUUUCCACAGCUUUUUUUUUUUUAUAUAUAUAGUUGAGCUCCCUAGGAAUGCUGUAUACUAAAAUGUGAGGAAAUCCUAACCUGCUCUUUGUUUGCUUGUUUUCCUAGUUUUUCUCUUGUGUGCAUUAUCAUACAAGAAAACAAAAAAAAAACCCUCCUGUCUGUUAUUGGAUUGCUUUGAACUGCAGUAUUAAACGUCUUGUUUUUUGUGGAUUAAGUUGUGUGCAAGGAAAACAGGAUAACAAUGAGGAAGCGAAAGUAGGAAGAAAAAAUUGUCUUGCAUAUAUCUAUGUGCAUGUAUUAUGCGAGUAAGUAUGUGCAUAGAUAGAUUUUUGACUGGAAAUCUUCGGCCGUGCUGUUGAACUGAGUCUCUUAGUAAUAAUGUGUAGGAGUGGAAUUUGGGAUAUUUAAUAUUGAGAAGUACAUAGUUGUUAUUAGGGGGAAAAUCAGUUAUCGCUAUCAAUAUUUUUAAUAUAUAUUUGUGCUAAUUAGCUUUUUAGUUCAUCUAUGUAUCGUACAGAGAAUAAAAAUCUGAAAGGGGAGGAGGGUAGCUUUGAAAAUACAGUAAAACGCUGAGAACUCAGUAAGCUCAUUGUUAGACCGUAGACACUUUUACAGUUAUAAAGCUUUUUUUAAAAAAGGUUGUUUUAUAAAGUAGUUUCUUGCACUUUACCUGCUGGCUUUUCAAUUUGGUAGAUAACAUCUGAACUCCAGCAGAGUUUUAUAAUCCCCACGUGCUUAAAUAUACUAAAUGUUCUUUUUCCAUUAAGGUUAAUGUUCGUGAAGAAAUUGAAGAGUUUUUUCCAAGAAUGUGGAAGAUAAAUCAAGAUAAAAGAAGGCUAAUGAAAAGUAUUAAAGAUCAGAAAAUUAAAAUUGAAUGGGGGAAAAAAUUGAACAGAAGAUUGGUCAGAUAGAAGCACUUGAAUGUUUUUUUUAAGGCUAUAAUGAAUUGUUUGAAUUGGGGAAGAAUACACGAAGUAUGAAAAAUGAAAAACUCAAUGAAGAAUGAAGAGAAGUAGAAAGCAAGAGUGAAGUAGAAUUAAAAGAAUCUGGAAGAAUGAAUGGGUCCUAGGUUAAGUAAAUGAGUCUCGCUCCCAGUCAAAAUCUCCAGCUGGGAGUCCUGCUCGUGUAAAAUCGGAGAGCAGGUCAGGAUCUCGCAGUCCAUCGAGAGCUUCCAAACAUUCUGAAUCGCACUCUAGGUCGAGAUCAAAAUCGAGGAGACGUUCUCGAAGCAGAUCGUACACGCCAGAAUACCGCCGUCGAAGGAGCCGUAGUCAUUCUCCAAUGUCCAACAGGAGAAGGCACACAGGCAGCAGAGCCAAUCCAGAUCCUAAUACAUGUCUCGGAGUGUUUGGUCUCAGUUUGUAUACCACUGAGAGAGAUUUGCGUGAAGUCUUUUCCCGUUACGGACCUCUGACUGGCGUCAAUGUGGUUUACGAUCAACGGACUGGACGAUCAAGAGGAUUUGCUUUCGUUUAUUUUGAGAGAAUUGAUGAUUCUAAAGAGGCAAUGGAGCAUGCAAACGGUAUGGAGCUGGAUGGCAGGAGGAUUCGGGUGGAUUACUCAAUCACCAAGAGAGCACAUACACCCACUCCAGGCAUCUACAUGGGCAGGCCAACACACAGUGGAGGAGGUGGUGGUGGCGGAGCAGGUCGUCGCCGUGACUCUUACUAUGAUAGAGGGUAUGACAGAGGUUAUGACAGAUACGAAGAAUAUGACUACAGAUACAGGAGACGAUCACCAUCGCCUUACUAUAGUCGGUACCGAUCACGAUCAAGAUCCCGUUCGUAUAGUCCAAGGCGCUAUUGAAGAUCGGAAGAGUUACAGUUGAGGGCAUGAUUUUUAAAUACAAGGUUCAGAUCUUAGCUUCCCUACUGCUUCCCUCCCUCCCUUAUUCUCCAUCCAGCUAUUUUACAAAACUUUGGUUCAUUUAGAAUAUGCAUAUCUUCAGUUGAAGUAUUCCUGUUUUCCAUCCCUUCUUAUUGUAAUAUUCUUAAAUAUUGUAAUUGUUGUAGUUUUUGUGUAGUAAAACAUCUUAAGCAAAAUGAAAUAGAAAACCCAAAGUGUUGAUACAUUUUGGAAGUCAUUCCUAUUUUGUUUUUAAACCAAUUGGACUCCUGGCUAAUUACAAGAGAGCAAUGAUAUUUUUAAAGCUUGCAUGUCAUAUGUAAUACACUCAGAUACUUUAACAUAAACCUGCAUUUCCAAGUAACUCGUUAAUCUUUCUGUUAAAAUGUUUACCUAUUACUUUGAUAAACAAAUAACGACUUUGAGCCUUUCCUGUAAUGACAAAUUUAUUUAGAUAGUCAUGAACCAGAGGAUUUCUUUUUUUGUCAGGUAGUUGCUUUGAGUGUAGAAUAUUUCCGCUAGAGCAAAAAAUUGGUAUUUGGCUGACCAAGAAAAUAGAUUCUUGUACACUGAAAAUUAAGACUGUAUUUUAUAAAUAAGUUUUUGGACUGCUACACAGUGGAUAACAUCUGAAGUUAAAACCAUAAAAAUCCUGUUAUUUUUUUUUAUUGUACUUGGUUGAGUAUUUCCCCCUAAUCAGUGCAGGAGAAAAAAUAUUUAUUGAACAUAGCAAUUAGUUAUAUAAUUUGCUGUUCAUUUAAACAACAACAACAAAACUUUUUGGUAUUGCAAUAAUGAUUUAAGCAAGUUUUGUUUCCUGUCCUUUUUGGAGUUUGAAAGUAUGGAUGGAAAAACCUGUAACUACAUGUAAACCUUUUUUUUCCCCCUCAAUAAAAGUUAAUUCCAUUGAAA